AGGGACUCGAUGUGCGCUCUCGAUCACAGCGCUCGCAGUGUCUGUGGAGAUGCGAGAUACUAGAAUUAAAGCACUCGAAACAGUAAUCGGUGUAUUGCUGCUUCAUUACUGUCGUAUUUAUUUUAUAUUCACAAUAAAUGGAAGAGAAGCAAGAACAAUGGAGCCCUUAUGCUCGUGUUUAUGAGCCACUGAAAGCUGGAAGUAUUGAUGGUACGGAUAUUAUUCCCCAUGACAAAGCGAUCACCAGAGCUAUACAAUCACACUAUGAGCCUCCUCACAACUUGAAAUCGAAGCCGGAACGAACCUUGUUUGUUGCUAGACUUGGACCUAGAAUUUCAAAACAAGACUUGAAAGAGCAUUUUUCUAGGCAAGGGGAUGUACUGUCGGUGAAAAUAGUAGUAGAUGUGGUUACUGGACUUCCUCAAGGCUACGCGUUUGUUGAAAUGAAAGAUGAAGAGCAGGCUCACAGAACUGCAAGGCGAUUACACGAUACCACACUCAACGGUCAUAAAAUAUUAGUUGAUUUAGAGCGUGGGCGCACUAUGAAAGGCUGGAAACCAAGGCGAUUAGGGGGAGGAUUUGGAGGCAAGAAAGAAUCUGGACAACUGAGGUUUGGUGGAAAAGACAGACCAUUUAAAAAGCCUAUUUUAAUAGGGUCCAUGAGGUAAAGCACCGAUCAGUAAUCCCUGCUGACCUUAAUUCGAUGACCGAAACCACCUUUCCAUUACCUGAAUUUUUAAUAAACAUUAUUAUCAUUUA